UUGCAGCUCAGAAAGCAAAGUGCUCUGUUUUCAUACAUUCUGACUGAACAAAAUUAAACAAGUCCAGUCGCUCUCACUUUCGCCUUUCACUUUAUUGCCGCUUAAUUCAUACCAGCAGUACUAUACUUCAACUGAUUAACAAAAGAUUAAAUGGAAUACGAUCUACAGAAUCCAUUAACGGGCUUCGAAGAAUACCAUUUCGACUCCGUUUCAGCUCUCUUUGCCAACGAGUCCGAUCACAUGCCGUCGUUUCUCGACUUCAAAUCUACCGAUGUUCGCUUUUCCCUUCGCCGCCAUUCUGUUUUCCUUAUUUCUCAAGUACAAAGUUCUUACAAAUUUGAUGGCUAUAUUGCCUACCUCGCCGUCAAUUACAUUGAUCGUUUUCUCUCCAAACAAGCAGUUCUGGAGAAUAAGCCAUGGAUUGUACGGAUUCUCGUCAUUGUUAGCCUUUCUCUUGCCGCAAAAAUGAGGAACGUCGAUUUAUCACUGUCCGAUAUUCAGAGAGAUGUAGGUUUAAAUUUUGACGCUCAAUCGAUUCAACGCAUGGAAUCGCUGAUUCUCGAUACUCUCAAGUGGAGACUAAGAUCCAUCACGCCUUUCUCGUUUCUGCAUUUCUUCAAUUCGUUUUUUAAACUCGGCGACCCGUGUCUGACUCAGUCUCUUAAACAACGAGCUUCAGAUAUCAUCUUCAGUACUCAAUACGAAAUUAAGCUUUUUGAGUACAAACCGUCAAUAAUAGCAGCAUCGGCGCUUCUGUGUGCAGCUGAGGAGUUGAUUCCCUUGCAAUUUUCUUCUUGCUUAGCUGCAAUUUCAGAAAUCCAAUACUCAAAUAAAGAGGAACUUAUGAAUGCUUUGGCUGUAAUGCGGGAAAUGCUGAUAGAAGGGAGGGACUAUUGUAGUAUGUUGACGCCAAAAAGUGUUCUGGAGUGUGAACAUACAAGCUCUCAAUGCGAGACUCAAACAAAUCAGGAUAGGGACACCAUCAAAAAGAAGAGAUUGAGCGAUUUAAGGGAUGAUCAAACGUUCCAGAUUUCUCAGGCUCAAUGGUGCUAAGAUAGUAAGACAGUAUACCAGCGUCCCUAUUUUGUUUUCAUUGAUUUUGUUGCCUCGUGC